AUGUCGCUACCUACGAGCUCACCGUUUAAUCCCGACGGCGAACGUCGAGGAAGACGACAUUCUAUCUUUGCUGAUUUUAUCCCAGAUGACUUGGCAUUCCCGCCCCCAUUAUUCAUCGACCCAGCUCCAAAUGUGGAGGAGAUUCUCAACCGUGAUAUUGACGAGUGCUCCUCUGGUGAUGAGCACCGCGAUGAAGAAGCCGUCGAAGACCCACGAUACGUAAAUGAAACAGAUGUCCAACUUGCCUUUCAUCCAACAGGCAUCGCUUUCGGACAAGGCUUCUCUACAGUUCCUCCUUCAAGCAUCGACAUCCCGCCCCCAAACCCCCACGACUUUGAACAAUCCCUCCGCGCCGAAGUCUCACUCCUUCGCGACAACGAUAUCAUUCCACCGAGACAUCCCCCGACAGGAUGGAAUACCACGAAGCUUGGCAGUCUGUAUCGGCACCUGUUUAGUACGCGUGUGCACGAUCACGACAAGCCGCUGUUCGCGUCGGAAGAUUCGGGAGAGACAACGCCGUUGUUGAGGGAGAGAAUCGUGAGGUUUGAUGGGAUCCCGCCGACGCCGGGGCCGGAUGAAGUACAUAAGCGAUGGGAAGAGGCACUGGCAUCGCAUAAGAUUGGUACGACGUGGCAGCGUGAGACCAAGACGUUGAUUCAAUAUGCGCUGCCUCUGAUUGUCACUUUUCUCUUGCAUUACUCCGUCACUGUCGCUUCAGUCCUGACAGUCGGUCGUCUUGGAAUGGAGGAGCUCGCCGCUGUCAACUUGGCCACGAUGACUGCCUCGAUCACUUACUACGUCCCCGUUCAAGGCUUGGCAACUUGUCUCGAUACCCUAUGCGCACAGGCCUAUGGCUCCGGCCACAAACAUCUCGUUGGUCUCCAGGCGCAGAGAAUGACAUGGCUUCUUUGGUUAAUCAUGAUUCCUAUCGCUGUCGUCUGGUGGUUUUCUGAACCUAUCCUCGCCGCGGCCGUUGGCCCAGGCCGCACAACGCAAUUGGCCGCGUUGUACAUGCGUAUCCUCAUCGCGGGCAUGCCAGGUGUCAGCGCUUUUGAGAGCGCAAAGAGGUUUGUUCAGAGUCAGGGGUUGUUUCAUGCCACAACUUAUACGCUUUUUGUCGGAGCGCCGUUGAGCUUCUUACAAAAUUGGCUAUUUGUGUUCAAGUUUGGAUGGGGCUUUCCUGGUGCCGCCAUCGCGAUGGCUGUUACUCACAACCUGCUCCCGAUCCUUCUCAUUCUGUACGUGCGGCUUUUCGAAGGCUAUGAAUGCUGGAAGGGCUUCAGCCGCAAGGCGUUCACAAACUGGGGACCGAUGAUCAAGUUGGCGUUGCCCGGAAUGAUCAUGAUCGAAGCCCAGUUCUCCGUACUAGAGAUUCUCACCAUCUCCGCGGGACGGUUUGGUACAGCGCAACUAGCAGCUCAAGGAGUCUUGGUGACUGUCACGUCCAUGUCUUUCAACAUUCCCUUCCCGUUGGCUAUCGCUACCUCGACUCGAGUGGCAAACCUUAUUGGGGCUGAUUUGAGCAAGGCCGCGCGAGUAACAGCCAAAGUGGCCAUCUUCGCUGCACUCAUCGUCGGGAGCAUCAACUUGACAAUCUUCACGACCCUCCGAAAGCAAAUCCCCGCCGUGUUCACAGAAGACGAGCAAGUCAUCGACAUCGCAUCCAGCGUCAUACUCGUCUGUGCCGUCAUGCAAAUCUUUGACGCAUUGGCAGCCGUCUCUCAUGGCCUUCUUCGCGGCAUCGGACGCCAGUCCAUUGGAUCUUACGCCAAUCUCUUCGCCUACUACGUUGUCGCGUUACCAAUCGCCCUCGGCACCAGUUUCGGACUGGGAUGGGGAUUAGCCGGGCUUUGGGUUGGAUUGACAGCGGGACUCGCUGUAGUGUCUGGUCUUGAGGCAAUGUAUCUGUACUUUACAGACUGGGAGGAAGCUGUGAAGCAGGCUGAGGCAAGAAUGAGAACCGAGACGAAUAGAAGACGAUCUUCGCUGUCAGGCCUGUCACAGGAGAGAAACUAA